AUCCACUUUUGUUGCAUACGCAUACGUUCAGCAGUCAGUGUUAAAGGAUGUUCAAGUAUGGAGUUUACUAAUUUAUCAGCGAAACCUGAAGUGGCUAAAAAAAUAGAAACAUUGGGAGAAACCCCAUUGGAGUUGACUUCUAGUUUUGCAGAGUGUGGAAAUGUCAGUGAGAUAACCAAUAGAGUUAAAAAAGAAAGAUUUAGUGUAUUUAAGGGGAAACUGCUGUUGAAUAGAAGGAUAUGUAUUAUCAUUUUGUUGGUGAUCAUUAUUGUUUUGGUCCUGGCGUCGGUAACUGCGGUUGUCACAGUGUAUGUCCCAUGCCAAGAGAAAGCUGCAGCAGUUGUGGACAAAGGUGACUGUGACAUGCAUCUGAUUGUAGAAAAGGGGCGUGUUGUCAACAUGAAAGGAAAUAAGUACGGGGACACUGCUGAGAUUGAAUGUGAAGAUGGACAUAAGUUAGUCGGAAAUAACUUUAUUACUUGUUUGUCGUCCAAUGACUGGCAUGAAAUUCCGAGAUGUAUCCGCAAACAUUGUGAAACUUUCAUUGCACCACCGAAUGCAGAAAUGAAACAUAAGGUGAAUUCCACAGAGGUUGGUACAAGACUAUCCAUUUCUUGCAAAGAAGGAUGGUAG